UUUCGCCUUGUACCAUUAAGGUAGGAAGUCAAUAUCGAAAUGCUUCCUCACCAACCCAAACUUCCAUUCCCAUUUAAUGGGCCAAAAUACCCUUGGAAUCAGACCUCACAUCCUCAAAGUCCAGUUUUAUAACCAAGCAUCUCUGGUUGCCUUUUGUGUUCUAACGGAAAAAGAGAUAACAAUAGAACAGAAAGAAAGAAAGAUAAUAGCUUUUAUUUUUGUCCAGUUAUUGUUUCAUGGAGGAUAAGGCUCCACCAUCAUCAUCAUCGGCAAAAUCCAAAACUGCAGUUUUGGACGUUCCCCUUCAUUUAUUUGGGUUUGAAUUUGAAGAUAUAACACCCCAAAGAAUUUCCGGUCGUUUCAUUGUUACCGAGAAAUGCUGCCAGCCAUUUAAGGUGCUUCAUGGAGGGGUAUCAGCAUUGAUAGCAGAGUCACUCGCAAGCAUGGGAGCACACAUAGCUUCUGGUUUUCAAAGGGUAGCUGGAAUUCAACUUAGCAUCAACCAUGUCAAACGAGCAGAACUUGGUGAAUUGAUCCACGCCCAAGCUACCCCUUUGAAUCUUGGCAAAACCAUUCAGGUAUGGGAUGUGAGAAUGUGGAAAAUUGAUCCGUCAAAUUCAAGAAACAAAGCUUUGGUAUCAUCUUCUAGAGUAACUCUACUGUGCAACAUGCCAGUACCAGAAAAUGCAAAAGAUGCUGCAGAAAUGCUAAAGAAGCAUGCAAAACUGUAAAUAUUCUUUUCCAAUAUAGUCAACUGAUACAUGUUCUGCCUCAAUGAAAUUACAUAUUACAAUAAACCUAAGAUUCAAAUUUAUUUACA